CAGUUUCUUACACUAUUCCCACAGAGCUAUACGUUGAAACCAGUAACAGUUCGACUUACACAGUGAUUUAUCGUGUUGUAUUACUCUCAUCGUGAAACGAUGUUCUUGCGUAAUUUAUGCAGGACUACUGUAAAAUUAAAUGUUAGAUUUUAUUCUGUUAAUGCAUUCCAGAAAAAACCGCCAAAAAUUUUAAUUACCGGUGGUCUAGGUCAACUAGGAGUGGAGUGCGCCAAGUACUUGAGAAACAAAUAUGGAAGGGAAAAUGUUAUACUAUCCGACAUUAUCAAGCCGACGGAAGAGAUAAUAAAGGAUGGACCAUACAUUAUUGUGGACAUUUUAGAUUUUAAAGGACUGCAGAAGAUUGUAGUCGACCAUAGGGUCGAUUGGUUGAUCCAUUUUUCUGCUUUGCUGAGUGCGAUCGGAGAGCAAAAUGUUCCUUUAGCUGUAAGAGUUAAUAUAGAAGGAAUGCAUAACGUUAUAGAGCUCGCAAAGCAAUAUAAAUUAAGAAUUUUUGUACCGAGUACUAUUGGCGCUUUUGGACCAGAUUCGCCGAGAAACCCCACACCAAAUAUUACUGUGCAAAGACCAAGAACAAUAUACGGAGUUUCGAAGGUCCACGCCGAAUUAUUGGGCGAAUACUACUUUUAUAAGUUUGGCUUAGAUUUCCGUUGUCUAAGAUUCCCCGGAGUAAUUUCCAGCGACCCACCAGGUGGAGGCACAACCGAUUACGCGAUCGCAGUCUUCCACGACGUACUUCGUAAAGGAAGUUACCAAUGUUACCUGAGACCAGACACCCGACUGCCAAUGAUGCACGUGAGGGAUGCCCUCCGAGCCCUCUCCGAGUAUCUCGAAGUUCCUAAUGAAAGACUUAACAGGAGAGUCUAUAAUGUGACGUCCAUGAGUUUCACUCCUGAAGAAUUGACUGAGAAGAUGUUCAAGUAUGUUCCCGAGUUCAACAUCACAUAUAAGCCUGAUAGCAGACAAGAGAUAGCGGAUUCUUGGCCGCAAGUGUUCGACGACAGUGAAGCUCGCCGCGACUGGGAUUGGAAGCCUGAGGUCGAUUUAGACAACCUCGUCAAGAUCAUGGUGAAAGAGGUUAAAGAAAAAAUUGCUGAUGGUUGUUAAGCAUACAAGCAAAUUACAAUGUAUACAUAAAUAUUAUGUUUUAAAUAAAAUGAAUAUUACUUAUAUAUAUAAUAAAUGGUCUUUAGAAAACUUUAAUUUGAACAUA